GCGAUAGGGGGGCGGAGUCGAAACAGGGUACAACUGAGAACAAAUUUGUUAUGUCCCAAUCCUCUCAGGUAGCCUGAACACACGGUGUCGCUUCGUGGAUUUUGUGCCUUAAACCUAAAACGAACAAUAUAACCGACACACCUUGGAACGGGACGCGCAUUUAAUACAGCCGCCUCCCUUCUACCGCGCCCAGUAUGGUCCUGUCAUCUAAUAUAGGUUAACGACCGCUGGUUCCGCCGGAUAGCCAAGGAUUAACUCGGUUCCCUAUUGUCGCCCCAAGCGCCGAAACAUGGCUCGAGGCUUAUUUUACUUCAGCUGUGUCCUUUGUAUGGUGGUCUGCGGAGCUGCAGGGUCUUGUAUCCAACAUUCCAUACAGGCUGAAACGGCCGAGCUGUCUGGGGCUGGGAAGGCCCUCUCAAAAGAUCCAGGCUUUGUGGCGGGGUUGGCCCUGACGGGAUCCUCGGCUUUGAGAAGGGACCGGAGCAAGAGAACGAAAGCGGAUGAAGUCCUUCCUCACGGAGGUGAAGAGCUCAAAGUCCUGAGGCGCACAAAGAGACGCUGGAGUCCCUUGCCCUUCAACAUAAAAGAAAACGACCCGCCUCCUUUUCCAAAGGAAGUCGAAAUUAUUGGGUCGGACAGCUCGGCGAACUACACGGUCUUCUACCGGAUCGAAGGCCCGGGAGCCACGGAGCCGCCCGUCGGCCUGUUCUCGGUCGACCCCAACACAGGAAUGCUGAAAGUGCACCAUUCCGUGAACCGGGAGGAUUACAAACAGUUCAUAUUUAUAGCGAGGGUGUUCGACAAAAGGACGCAGCUGGAGACCGACCUCCCGCUCCCGAUCACGGUCAACGUGAACGACGUGAACGACAACGCUCCGCAAUUCGUCGGCUCCCUCGUCGUGUCCGUGCUGGAGCAUUCCAGCGCAGGAACGGAAAUUGGGAAAAUAAAUGCUACUGAUACCGAUGAACCAGAGACACUCCACACAAAGAUCCGGUACUCACUCCUCAACGGGACGCAGCUGUUUCACAUCAACCCCGAAACUGGGGUAAUUUAUACAAAAACAGCUACUCUCGACAGGGAGGUGCAAGACAAGCAUUUCAUUAGUGUGAAAUUACAAGACAUGGACGGUGCACCCAAUGGACUUUCCACCAUAGGGACGGUCACCGUCAUGUUGAUUGACAUUAACGACAACCCGCCUACUUUCAGAGAGAAAAAGCACACUGGAAAGAUCGAAGAAAACAAAGCGGACGUCCUGCUCCUCAGGAUCCCGGUGGAUGAUAAGGACCUGGAGAAGACCCCAAACUGGAAGGCGGUGUACGUGAUCAAAAAGGGGAACGAGAACGGGAAUUUCAGGAUUGAAACAGACCCGAUAACCAACGAGGGACUUCUCUACGUUGUUAAGCCUUUGGAUUACGAGGCGACUCCGAACAUCAGGCUGGAGGUGGAGGCCGAGAACGAAGCCAAGCUCGUCGGCACCAAAUCCACGUGGGCUUCCAUCCCGGUGGACAUAGCGGUGAUAAACGUGGACGAAGGCCCGGAGUUCUCCGCCCCGAUCCUGUCCCUCCGGGUGAAGGAGGACGUGCCGAACGGAACGCUCAUCGGGACCUACAAGGCCACCGACCCGGAAACGAAAAGCAGCGACGGCAUUAAGUACUACAAGAUGUCGGACAUCGCCUCCUGGAUCGAUGUCGAUGAAGCUACAGGACGCCUCAACACCAGGAUGGCUUUGGACAGGGAGUCUCCGUUCGUUAUAAAGAAUCUGUACAACAUCACAGUGCACGCCGUCGACGCGAGCUCGAAGACAGGCACAGGGACCGUCCUGAUGCUAAUCGAAGACGUCAACGACAACACGCCGACCAUCCCGGCGAAGGAAAUGACCCUGUGCGAAAACGAAGGGGUGCGCUCGGUGCUGCUGGAGGCGGAGGACAAAGACGAUCACCCCUUCUCCGACCCCUUCACCUUUCAGCUCGGCGCAGGGCAUGAUGGGAAAUGGAAGCUCACAGAUGUGACAGCGACCUCGGCCAGGCUCCAGCCGGCCCAGGACCUCCCGACGGGGCUGUACCACGUCCCGGUGCUGGUGGAGGACCUGCAGAGUUUCGGGGUGGUGCAGACGGUGGCGGUGAGGAUCUGCGAGUGCCGCAGAGGGGAGUGCCCCGCCCAGAAGAGCUCUGUGGCCCUGGGCGUGUGGGCCGUCCUGGCCAUGCUGCUGGCGCUGGCCUUACUUCUGCUUCUCUGCAUCUGCUGCGUGUCCGUUUGCACGACGCAGAAGGAGAAAAUUUACAUCGACGACGUGAGCACGGGCAUGCUGCUGAAGUCCAACACCGAGGCGCCGGGAGAGGAGGUGAACUCGGGGAUCCUCAUCCUCCCAUCAUCGGCGUUGGACGGGUCGGUGAAGCUGGGCCACAUGGACCGGCUGGCCACCCUGAGCUCCAGCAGCAUGGGCGGCAAGCUGAACCAGAACCACGCGAACCACGUGUUCCAGGAGAGCGUGCAGGACGGCAUGUUCCAGGCCUCCGCCGCCGCCGCCGCCGGCAACGAGGUGUCCGCGGCGGACGCCCGCAACCUUUUCGGCUCGGGGCGGCGCGGCUCAGGACACUACGGGUUGGGGCACUACGGGUCGGGGCACUACGGCUCGGCCCACUACAGUUUGGGGAGGUUCAACUCGGGACACUUCAGCGGGACGAUGCGGUCGAAUUACGGCGAGGGGACCCUUCAAAAAUACGCGGAGUUUUCCUCUUUGGACACGUGGAGGACAAAUGAGGCGUAUCUAGAAAAGCUGGUGUUCUUUGCCACGGAGGACGAGGGCCGGUACGCGGACGACCAGCCGCGGGAGUACGAGUACGAGGGUCAGGGUUCCCCCGCCGGGUCGGUGGGGUGCUGCAGCGACCAGGCGGACGAGGACGGCCUGGAGUUCUUGGACGCGCUCGAACCCAAGUUCAAAACGCUGGCGGAGCUCUGCGCUCCGAAGUGAGGCCGUUCACUGACUGUGGCUGCUAAUAGUGCUGAAUGGGCAAAAAACCCGCCUACUCAGAGUCAACCGCUACACUGUUUUAACACUGUACUCUGGGUAAAAACACUACUCAGAGUCAACACUGUAUUAACACUGUACUAUGAGUAAAAACACUACUCAAAGUCAGCCGCUACACUGUUUUAACACUGUACUCUGGGUAAAAACACUACUCAGAGUCAACACUGUAUUAACACUGUACUAUGAGUAAAAACACUACUCAGAGUCAGCCGCUACACUGUUUUAACACUGUACUCUGGGUAAAAACACUACUCAGAGUCAACACUGUAUUAACACUGUACUAUGAGUAAAAACACUACUCAAAGUCAGCCGCUACACUGUUUUAACACUGUACUCUGGGUAAAAACACUACUCAGAGUCAACACUGUAUUAACACUGUACUAUGAGUAAAAACACUACUCAAAGUCAGCCGCUACACUGUUUUAACACUGUACUCUGGGUAAAAACACUACUCAGAGUCAACACUGUAUUAACACUGUACUAUGAGUAAAAACACUACUCAGAGUCAGCCGCUACACUGUUUUAACACUGUACUCUGGGUAAAAACACUACUCAGAGUCAACACUGUAUUAACACUGUACUAUGAGUAAAAACACUACUCAAAGUCAGCCGCUACACUGUUUUAACACUGUACUCUGGGUAAAAACACUACUCAGAGUCAACACUGUAUUAACACUGUACUAUGAGUAAAAACACUACUCAGAGUCAACCGUUACACUGUACUCUGGGUAAAAACACUACUCAGAGUCAGCCGCUACACUGUUUUAACACUGUACUCUGAGUAAAAACAC